AUGAUCUCUGUCGAAGAGCGCCGUCGAAGAUCCCACAACUUUCUCCUCACGGCCUUUUGUAUUCUGAUCAUUCUCUGGAUAUGGAAACUUUUCUACCCACAAGCCUCAUUAGUGAGGGCAUAUUCAGACCACUUCCCUUCCACACCUAGUCCUCUGGAUCUCGAAGAAUCUUCCAGUUCACCCAUACCAGAAAUCGCCAUCGGAAAGCACCUCAAAUCGUAUGCUUCAGAUAUCUACGAAGGGACCUUCAAUGGAACCAUCACCGACAAAGUAGCAGUCAUAAUCGAGAGCCGCUUCCGCAGCAACCUCAUUCCCCUUAUCCUACAUUUCGGUAUCGUCCUCGGUGACAGCUGGCCCAUCAUCAUCCUUACAUCCGCCGAAUCAGCAUCGCAGUUCUCAACAUCGUCCGCUCUGGCCCGGUACCUGCAGAACGGUAUCAUGCAAGUGCGGGUCCUGCCUCAAGAUUCCAUGCUCACAGACGCAGACGCGAUGAACCGUUUCCUGACGCAGGAUUGGCUGUGGGAGUUCUUGAGUCCGGCGGAGCAUAUAUUGCUGUUUCAAAGCGACAGUAUGCUAUGCGGGAACGCGGCCAGGAGUGUGAAUGAUUAUUUCGAGUAUGAUUUUGUGGGCGCGCCUACUGCGGCUGGUGGGAGUGAUGCGUAUAAUGGCGGAUUGAGUUUGCGGAAGAGGAGUAGUACGUUGAAGGUAUUGGAGGAGUGGGAUUACGAGGAUACGAAGAAGAAUGACAAGAAUGAUCGAUAUGAGGACCAGUGGUUUCACAAUAGGUUUGUCCCUUUGAAGCUCCCACAAAAGCUGAAGAAACUAACGAGGUGUCUUAGACUCAAAAUAUUGCAAGAACGAGAUGAGGCAGAGGGGAUUCUACCAGAAGAAGAUGAUGCUAUAAAUCUCCCCAGCGUGGAAGUUGCAAGAACGUUUAGUGUGAAGACGGUAGAUUAUCCUCACCCCUUGGGGGUGCAUCAGAUUCACAAGUGGACAGAAGAAUCGCUUAUUCGCUUGACUGAGUGGUGUCCCGAAUACAAGUUGUGUAGUGAAGAUCACGUCCAUGAUUGA